AAGUCGGUGCCUGCUUGCUCCUCUCUGCUUCGGCCACCAGCACAUCCCGGUGCUUCUUCUCAGGCGCAGCAGCUUUCCUCUGCGGCAGCCGCACCUCGCCAAACGGCGUAGUGCUGCAGGCUCGCCCGAGUUGCUGCUUGCUGCCUCUGCUGCCGCUGCCGCGGGCCGCCCUGCGCGGACCGUAGGCUGCGCAGACGCCACCUCCGAUCCUGUAUCGCUGCGGGCGCCUCGGCGCGCCCUGUGAUCCGCAAUCCUGCGGCGGGCGGCAUGGGAUAAUGCGGCCAUGGUGCGCCGAGAUCGCUUGCGCAGUUCCAUAGCCCAAAUGCAGACAGUAGUGCCAAAUGGGGAUUCACUUGGUCAGAGGAUAUGUAUGUGUUAGAACCCAGGAGCAGCUCUCUGCUUAAGGCCAUGCAGAUGAGAGAGUGGUGGGUCCAAGUAGGGCUCCUGGCUGUGCCCUUGCUGGCUGCGUACCUGCACAUCCCGCCCCCUCAGCUCUCCCCUGCUCUGCACUCAUGGAAGACUUCUGGCAAGUUUUUCACCUACAAAGGCCUACGCAUCUUCUACCAAGAUUCUGUCGGUGUGGUCGGAAGCCCUGAGAUAGUUGUGCUUUUACAUGGCUUUCCAACAUCCAGCUAUGACUGGUACAAGAUCUGGGAAGGGCUGACCCUGAGGUUCCAUCGAGUGAUCGCCCUUGAUUUCUUAGGCUUUGGCUUCAGUGACAAGCCGAGACCACAUCAGUACUCCAUAUUUGAGCAGGCCAGCAUCGUAGAGUCCCUUCUGCGGCACCUGGGGCUCCAGAACCGCAGAAUCAACCUGCUGUCUCACGAUUAUGGAGAUAUCGUUGCUCAGGAACUGCUGUACAGGUACAAGCAGAAUCGAUCUGGCCGGCUCACCAUAAAGAGUCUCUGUCUGUCGAAUGGAGGUAUCUUUCCUGAGACGCAUCGUCCUCUCCUUCUCCAAAAGCUCCUCAAAGACGGAGGUGUGCUUUCCCCCAUCCUCACCAGGCUCAUGAAUUUCUUCGUGUUCUCUCGAGGUCUCACUCCAGUCUUUGGACCGUAUACUCGACCCACUGAGAGUGAGCUGUGGGACAUGUGGGCUGUGAUUCGCAACAAUGACGGCAACCUGGUCAUCGACAGUCUUUUACAGUACAUUAAUCAAAGGAAGAAAUUCAGAAGACGCUGGGUGGGAGCGCUUGCUUCUGUGUCCAUCCCCAUUCAUUUUAUCUAUGGGCCAUUGGAUCCUAUAAAUCCGUAUCCAGAGUUUUUGGAGCUGUACAGUGUGGUGUGUCUGUAGGGCAUCUGCGGGGCUUCCCAUGCCUUACAUCCUCUCAUCUCCAGCCUCAAGUUCACCUCCAUGCUGUUCUCUUCCACUAGGAAAACGCUGCCGCGGUCCACAGUGUCGAUUCUGGAUGACCACAUUAGCCACUACCCACAGCUAGAGGAUCCCAUGGGCUUCUUGAAUGCAUAUAUGGGCUUCAUCAACUCCUUCUGAGCUGGAAAGAGUAGCCUCCCUGUAUUACCUCCCCCAUUCUCGUAUCUGUGUGUAUUCCACUUAGAAAUGCCCAAAAGAGGUCCUGGCCAUCAAAUACUAUCCUUUCAUCAAAGUCCAUUUCCUUCACAUUGGUGAACAAACUACAGGAAUCAGGCAGCUGGAACUCUAUAGGGUGACACAAUAGUCCACCUCAUCUCUAAGGGUGACAUGAUAAUCCUCUCAUUUCUGUGACAUCUGACCAAAUAAAUAGAGCUGCUGUUGUUUUGUGUUAUUAGGACAUUCUGACUAAUAACACUUUUCAUUUAUGUAGAAAAACAGCAUUAGAUAUUCUUUUUUGGUGUUAAAUACCUCAAAAAACCCCCAAAACAUAAUAACAACAAAAACCCAGUUUCUGUGGACUUUAUUAAAAUAUUUAGAAGUGCUCCCUUCCGGCCCAAUCCUAACUGGAAUACAGAGUGAGGGAGGAGCUUGCUAUCUCCCUUUCAGGAUCUGUUACAGUUUAUGAGAGGGAUCAUCUUGUCACUCCUUUACAUUUAGUUUCAUCGGCUGCUUCUAACAGACAUUUUUGUUAAAACAGACAUUGGCUUAGGGGGCUGGGGAAGUAGCUCAGUGGUAGUGUGCCUGCCUAGCAUGUUAAAGCCCUUGGGUUCAGUUCCCAGCACUCUCCCCACCCCAGCCCAUCGAACCUAAAUAGACAUUGGCGUAAAUACAGUGUUCUGAGUAUGAGUCUAAGACUGAUUUGCAUACUCAUGUAUAUAUUUACAAACAGUUGGCCCUUGCUAAGAAGAAAACCUCAUUAUAUAUAGAAUUUGUGAAUAAACAGGUUGAAAUUAUUUGCAGAAUUUCCUAAAACUGCCAGGCAUUAAGAACUGCAUCUGUGCCAGAGAUUUACUGUUACUGUUUAGAAAGUCCAAGCUGAAUAGUAAAUAACAGCCUAGGGGCAGCUCCUCCAGGGCUGACGUGGAGGGGAAGGGACAUGUAAGUGCGGAAUGAAUGUCCAUUGGCUCCUCUAUGAUGGCCGCUCAGCAUCCCGCUGGCUGUUCAGAAAGGCUUUCUCAUAUAACUCCUGUACUUAAACAGGCAAGUUUCCAGAGACAUUAAGAACAAAUUCUGAAAGACCUAAGAGCAAAUGGUGCUGAAUACUUUUUUAAGCCACAGUUUUAACUUAGUUAAAGCAGCAUUAUUGAUUAUUUUAAAUUCGUUUUUUAAAUUAGAAAUUUCAAGUAUAGCAACUUUGAAACUGGAAUGAAUGAGUGUUUAUUUUCUAUUAAUAAAAACAAACUGUGACAAAAAUGGAUUCCGGCUUCCCCUCCCCCUCCACCCUUCUGGGAUAAAAUUUUCCAGCAUUGCCAAGAGUUUUUCACACAUUAAAUAGAAGCAUAUAAUGAAGCUAAGCAGCUGUAGAAUAGCAUAAGUAGUAUCUGAUUUUCAAGCCCACUCAAAGCUGCAUUGUCGCACCGAGGCUGAGUGAGUGAGACAUGAGAUGAGGGAAGAAACUCUAAAGCUCAUGCUCAAAGACAGACAGACAGACAGAUGUUUGAUCUGCUGGCGCAGGGCCAAACACUUGGAUUUGCUUCUUCAAAGUCAUCAUUAUUAAUCUUUAUGUGUGAUUCUUGGAAGAUCAUGCCACUAGCCUAAAAACCACCAAUAGGGAGGGCAUAGCAACAUCACCCUUCCCAGCAAGAACUUAUCCCACAGAAGCCAAGAUAACAUCCACAGGCGUUCUCUCUUUGCUUCUCACAGUCACCUGCAUGGUCACUCCAUCAGCUAGGGCCAGCCUGGACCGCACCAAUAAGUCAUAGCCACCUCUGUAUACACCUGAGAGAAAAAGCGAGGAAAAGUAUAUUAAGAACUUCAAAUAAUCUCUGAUUAAUAGAAUUUAUCAUGUUUUGCCCAUACCUCCUUUCUAUUAUUUUAGUUCAGCCUUUAUACAAAUUCACAGGAAAUUAAUCCUACAAACAAUCCUACUUUUUUAAUGUUGAUAUGAAAUACCAGGUACAUGGAGGUAGUCAGUGACACUGCCUGGUGCACUCAGGUAGUGGUUAGUGAGAGUAGCAACAGCAUCUGUUAUACAUUCAAGUAUUUUAGCCAGAUGGUGCCCCUAAAGGAUAACCUAAGGAGAGCUGUAAAAUCAACUCCUCAUUCUAACUAGCUUUCCUAUAGUUACAUAAUGGAUGACAGAAGCAGCAGGGCAAGGAGGGCCUCUCCCCACCCGGGCCUGAUGGAAGUCUCUUACCUGCUAGAUAGAGGGAGUGGGAGUUCUUAUUCUCGGGGACUUUAUCUGACCUCUCACAUGGCUGCAUACCAAGAAAUGUGAUGAUGUUGUUGACAGCUUCUGUGGAGAAAUUUAAUGCAACAAGAAUUAGAAAAGUUAAACAUGUGGGUCUGCCUCUGCCCCACCAUGUCCUAAGAGCUGCAGGUGCACAGGGCUGUAGACUAGAGGGAGGCUCCUAGCCUAGAAAAUGGCUGAUUUGGUCAGAUGAUGAAGACAGGCCCCUGUUUUUGAGCAGAGAGGAGUUCUUUGAGAACUGCAUGCAUGCCUCCUGGGUUUUAUACUGGCUCCAGGCAACCCAUUGCAGCAAAGUUCUUACCUUCAAGGGUUUUUGUAGAGCUCAGGGCAAAGGUUUCUUCUUUUUCAAAGGCAUCUCCCACCUCUUCCCAGGCAGCAGCGAAGUUAGGUUUUAGUAUCUUCUGAAUAUGAUCAGACACAGUUACUUCAAGAUCUUCCAGCUAGUGGGCAACAAGCAGGGGUCAGUAAAUAAAAGUCCUUUGAGUCUACAACAAAGAUAGAAGAAACUGAUCACUUAUUAUUAUGUCUCCAAACCAUACAAAGGGCCUGAGGGAAGCCCUUCCUCACUAAUGUGGUCUGGGUGAGCCCAAUGCUAGCUAUAGGUCCUAGUAGAGAGGAGCAAGAACAACCUGGAAAGAGCUAAGUGUAGGCUGAGUGCUGAUUGCCCCGAGGUGCACAGUAGUCAUGUUGUCACACUCAGAGUUGAGGGCAUAUAGCACCUUCUGAACUUGACACCCCACCCCUCCUUUCUGUCAAAGCUUUUCAGUCCAGGACUUGCCAAUAUUAAAACCAACCAAAUGAAAGUUUGCAGAAGCAAAACCAAAACCUAUAUUAUAAGUAAAUUCAAUCACAUUAAAAGUGAUGUAAUUAUCUCUUAGUUAUUCCCAUUAAAGGGCGCGGGGAAACAGUGAGUUUCUUUGCUAUAAUUACAAAGUGCUCCAUUUAAAUCCUGGCAUGACAGUUCCUUUACAGAGAAGGCUAGUCUAGGUCCCGUGAGUUUUGUCAGCUGUUUAUAGAAAAAUGCGCUUGUGGCAAGAAAUCAUUUAAUGUUGCAAAGAUCUCGGCAGGGAAGACUCACCACAUAUUCAUCAUCAUAUCCAUCUUCAUCUGGAACUCCAGUAUUAGGGUCACAAUCCCGGACUGUGAACUUCAUGGUACAGCUAAAGGUGCCUGCAACUGGAGGGAGAAGCAGGGAAACCACAUGAGUGGACAGAGCAUGCACACUCCCAUCAUUGCUGAGGACGCACCACCCAUGCUCAGCACUGUGCUCCACAUCCUCACGUCUAACAUAGACGUGCAUGCCCUGUUUGAAGGUAGUAGUUCUUGAAGCAGCUUGCAAGCUGAUCAAAAAGUCAGUUUCACAAAGCAAGAUUUGAAAAUAUUUCUGUACUGUGGACUAGAACAGUGCACAGAAGAGGAUACUGUUUUUGUGUUGACGUGGAAAAAGUAGGGGGAGAGAUUUUGGUGGGACUUUUUGUCAUGUAGGUCAAAAAGUCUAUUUUGAAAAAUUUAGAACCACUCAUUGCUCUAAUAUACAACAAAGCAAACACUACUAACAGCAAAGCAGACAGCUCAUUAGAGUAACACUGACCAAGUGCAUGGUCUCAAUGCUGUCUUUAGAUUGUGGACUGAGUGGAUCCACACAACACCAGAAUAAACUACUCUACAUCAACCUUCAAUGUGCAGUAAAGAGGUCAAAGUGAGGUUUUAUUAUUGAUAAUGUCUGUUUCACAAUGGAAAAACACACAGCCACUGUAUGUGUCAGAUGAUUGACAAAUGAGUAAUAAAAAAUUGACACAAUUUUGGAAAGUAAAAUUUUGAUGAAGACAGGGUUUUCCAAACAGUUUGAAGGAGAGAAUUUGGCCAGCAGGGAUGGAGGAAAGGUGUCUCUGGGCUGGUCAGCGAUCUGGACAGGGCACACAUGUACACAGUACUAGAAAUUGAAACACCAGGAAGCUAUUGUGGGGGCUAAGCAAGAGAAGAAGGAGACUCAAAUGUAAACAGAUGACAGUGUGAGCACCAAGAGGCACCUGUUCAGUCUGUAAACGUUCAUUCCAUCCCUCCAUAAUGCAUCCAUACCUCCAUAAUGCAUCCAUCCAUCCCUCUUUCCUUCCCUUUCUCCCUUAUAUAAUUGAUAUAUAUGAGUAAUCUAUUGAUGACACUACAAUUCAAUGCCAUAAAUCCUUCAAUAUAAAUUUUAAUAGAGUGCUAUGUAAAGUUGCAGGAUUAGGAGUCUGGGGGUAAAUUAGAAACAAAAUGAAUGGCAGACAGCUAGACCACAGAUUGGGGCAAACUGGUUGAAUUUUAUGCAAAAGACAAGAAAGAGGCCAUUUCAGUGUGGAUGUGACAGAUAGGAAAGGAUAGAAGAGGGAUGUGUAAAAAGAACCUUUGUGGCAAUUUUCAUUAACUGAUCUGGUUGACACAACGAGGACUUGUAAGGAAUCUGCCAAGGGCUACAGUACAAAUCAUGGUAGUAAUGCAUCAGUGUGGCUAGAGAAAAGGGAAACCCUGGGAGAACCGAGAGGAAGUCAGAGGGGCCGUCAGGGCAAGAGCAGAACUUUACUAUCAUAAAGACUACAGCUUCAUGAAACAGGAAAGGCAAAACCCGAAGGGAACAAAGAAAACAAAACCUGCAGACCCCUGUUAAAGAGGCUUAAAAAGUGAGGUACAUUUUAUGAGGACUUGCUAAGGAGAUGAGUAUGGAAAGAAUACAGAGUUGGGAAGAUAAGUGCUGAAGCUGCACAGGAAGAAGGAUGUGUAGCCGGGCUGGGAUAUAGUGUCUAGUGAGCACAAGCCAGAGUGGGAAGUUGGAGGAGUUAACCAUGGCAAAAGAAUACAGACCUGAAGAAUCCUAGAUAGCUGUAGAAAAAGGUGUGCCAAGAGAGGGUUGAAGGAAACAGUCAUCCACAUAGGUCUAGACUGAGCUGAAAAUAGAUUCAAUACAGGACACAGGAAAUUAAGGAGCAUGAAAAGUAUGUUAAGCAGUGAUGGGGUGGGGGUGGGGGUGGGGGGAGAGUGGUUGUUUACCUAGCAGCACUGAAUUCAUGGGAAUGCUGCACCCAGAACAGAAGAUCAAUAACCUCAUAUAUAAAAGAGCCGGCACUAAGGAAUGACAGGUAUUAGAUGAAGGCUAACACUGUAUUCUUGGGCCCCAAUUCAGGAGGGAAUGAAAAUGAAAAGAUAGACUGGAAGCAAAGGGAAGGAAACACAUGCAGAAGGCCACCAAGCAGAGACAGUGUAGAAGAGAGGGCUCAGAUGGUAAGCCCUGGCAGAGCCCAGCGUACAUCUAAUUGGCUACAUUUGGGCAUAGAGACCAUGGUGAACAAACAGUACGAGGAGGAAGGACUGAACAGGAAGAGUUGGAGGGAAAUGAUAGGAUCUGGUUGUUAAGGGAGGGAAAGUUUAUAAGGAUGAAGAUGCCAGAUUGCUGAUAAAGUGACAGCUGACAGCUUUAUGGAGGUAUUAGGAUUGCUUAGUGGACAGUAUGGACAGGUAGCUUGUCCUGAGACUAGGUUACUGUUACAACAUGGGGAGUGAGUGAAGAUUAUGAGGAAGUAAAGACAUCUGAAGAAGAAUUGUGCAUCCAUGAUGACUAGAGUGGGGUGGAAAUGGACCUCGUGGCAGGUAGUGAAGAUAGUGCAGACUAUUGCAUGGUGUGGGAUUGACAUUACUGACAUGCUCUGUGGAGCCUGGCUGACAGUGAGUGACAUGAUCCCUACGCAGCCUUGUAUGACAGUAUUACAGACAAGACAGGUUGGAAUCUGAAGAAGGAAAAAGUAGGUAACAUUGGGGUGGAAGGACAGUGAGUACAGAGGGUGUAUAGGGAGGGCAUUAUAGAAACCAGACGAGAAAUGCUAGGGAGAAAAGUGACAGAGUUGACUUUGCAGUAGAGAAUUGUGUGUUAUGCUAGAUUGCAACCAAAGAUGGAGAGAAGAAUGUGGCUAAAACACUGUAAUGAAGGGUGUCAUCUGGUAAUCUUUCCUUGACUGGCAUGUGAAACAACCAAUAUGACCAAGACUUAAGGGUCAUGUAGUAUAUAAAUAGGUGAGAUCUGAACCAUGGCCAAUUGCAAGGACCCUCUGAAAAUCCCAGACUGAAAAGUGGGGGAAAGAGAUGCAAGAGAAGACAGCUUAACCCAUAAUGACAUAAAGAUAGCCACUGGGGGUAAAAGCAAUUAUGGGGUUAACACAAGUGUCAGUGUCUAGGGUCACACAGGAACAAGGACUGAAGAGCACCCAGGAAAGAUGGGAGCAUCUGAAUGCUGGCAAAUACUGACAGGAAGGCUAUGGAGGAGAAACCUGGGAGCCUCUCUGGGAUCCCUGUGUGAAGGAGCCUGAACUGGCAGAUAGGUAAUGGUGUGCCCAGGAUGGAAUCUGUAGGACUGAAAGAGUGGGUUUCAGGCUGCAUGGUGGAUCUUAAAGCAAAUGUAAAAAAUGGCAUUUGCAGUGGGGGAAAAAUAAAGCACUGAGUUAGGUGAGGCUUUGGUGGGAGUUUUAAUUCAAGGAAUCAAGAAAAGCUGGACUAGGAUGGACCUGGAUAAAAUGACACCAAAUCUGAGUAGUUUGUCCAUAGAAUGAAUAAAUAAUACUGGGAGAAAGGUUGAAAAUUAUGAUGGGAACCCAACUCAGAAGUAAAACUUCACUUUCAUUUUCAAGGAGAAAUGGGGGUGAGCAUGCAUAUAACUAAGGAAUGGGAGUACAAGCUGUGCCUGCUGUGUGGAGUGCUGCACUCAAGUUAGUCUGUUGUACGAAGGGUUUUGUUCUUAUCUUUGAAGAGGGGAGAUAUUCUACAGAGAGAACCUGGCUAGAUGUUCUGUUCAAGGAGAAGCAGAAACCUGUACACAGGUGGUUUCUGCAUAAGGGGUUGAUACUGUUUUAAGAAAAGACAGUGUGUGUGUGUGUGUGUGGGCGGGGGGGGAUGGGAAAAUGAUAGAUGAAAAUCAAGCCAGAUAUUGGCUGGAAGGAGAAGCCCAUUAUGUGGCUAAAAAGACAAUAUAAGAAGAGAGAUUAAAGUCCAGGAGUAACUGUGUGACCUAGAGAAUGAUUCUGAGGUAACAUAGUAAUGAGAGAGACCACAGCGCCAUAGAGGUUUCUAGAACUAUACUAUCAGAUCGCAAUGAUGAGUGCAUGGAAAACAGAAGAGGCAGGAGAGUUUGGAUAAACUCACUCAGUCUUUAUGCUGGGUGUGAAAUUUGUAACUAAAGGGCUUGACAGAGGGAAAGACAUGGACAUUUCUGUAAUUUCCCCCCUGGCCACAGACCUGGAUUAGAAACUCAGGAAAUCUCAGCAGGUUAAAUGAGGUAUGCAGAAUGCUUAAGGUAUGGGAAGAAAAGGCAGUUACGUGUGAGGUUGGAUUGGCUGGGGUGUAGUUAGAGAAUCUUGUAGAACCAAGAAAAGAGAGAGAAAUGAGAAGCAAUCAGGUGUGUGUGGGUACUUGAGUGGAGAUAAAAUAAAUGAAUUGAGGUUGGUUUAGAAUUCUAAGGUACAGAGUUUCAGGCCAGAAAGAGGAAUCCAAGUACCACUAACUUUGUAGUACACAGUCUAAAAGCAGUUAGCAUGUAAAGUUCUCUCUCUCUCUCUCUCUCUCUCUCUCUCUCUCUCACACACACACACACACACACACACACACACACACAGACCAACCACCACCAUCACCAUCAUCUGCUUAGGAAGUUAGGAAGCCUGGUAGCAGUGAGUUAUACUUCAUUUGCUAGCAAUGAUUUCCUUGAACACAUGCCUAUUUGGGGGGACAUAGUUUUGUUAUGGCCAUAGUACAUUAUCAGUAGGCUCACUUUCUUGACCAAGGACCUUAAAAAAAAUGCUGUGAAAUAUUCCUGUUAUCUUUCCAUUAAUAUGGGCAAGAUAACUCAAGAAACUCAUCGGUUGGUAAGUAAACAUUUCCAAAAUAUUUAUUUACAUUUUAUGUAGUUAGUAUGAAAUGUAUAACAACUUUUUAUUUAUGUUAAAACCAUCACUUCAAUGCUAUAAUAUGGGAUAAUUUUGUACUACCUACAAAUGUGUUUCCUAUUGAAAAUUUCAUUUAAAAUAAUUAGACAACUCUGAAUGCACUGUAGUUACCAUGAAAAGCAUGGGGUGAAUUGCUGGUAUGUACAAAGCAGGAAGAAGGUGGUAUAGGAUGGCAGUUCUUAAAGGAGGAAAGAAGAUCAAGGACAUUGGAGGGGUAAUGUUCAGGAAAGUAUAUGUGUAAAGAUAGGUCAGUUGACAAGAAAGUUAAGGGUGUGUGUGUGUGUGUGUGUGUGUGUGUGUGUGUGCGCGCGCGCGCGCGCCACGCGGGCGUGUAUGCAAGUGCACGUGCCUGCUGGCUACUGACUAAUGGCCAAAGGAGGUAGACUGCUGAGUUUGAGGUCAGCCUAGGGGGUUAGAAACAAACAACAACAGAGUGAGGCUAGUGAAGCAAGAAUGUAACCUGAGAAGAGGAUGAGGGGACUAGAGUGAGGCCAAAGACUGAAGGAAGGCUGGUGAGGCGGGAAGGAGGCAAGUGGGGGUGGGGGGGCAACCCAUGCCCUUAGCUGUGAAGAUGGACAGGGCAAGGCAGCAUAGUUAAGUCUAAUUUUAAACAAAGGAAAUGAGCAGAGAAACUGUAUUGCGCUGGGGAAAGAACACAAAUGUGAAGAGAAUAUCCAUGCCUAGACAGCAUGCUCAGUGAUGUCAGAAAGAUGUUAGAAAGCAGUGGUGGAAGGAGGUUAGAGGGAGUGAGAGUGUAAAGUUUCAAAGAAGAAAAGACAGAAUGGGUAAGCCCAGGCAGGGUACAGUGGGACUAAAGGGUGCCCUAAGAAAACCAAUAGAUGAGAUGAAAUAUCCUUGCAAGGUAACAGAGAGAAGAGAGAGAACAAAGAUGCCAAUGGAGUAAGAGUACUGAAAGUGACCACAUUAUGUGUCCUCAAGGAAUGUACCCUUGGGGAUAAAGAGGAGGAGCAGGAAUUGAAGCACCCCUACACGCAGGAUUUAGGAACCUAUGGUGUAGUAUGUGACUCUGAUGACAGAACACUGAAAGCUGUUUGAGAAUGAAGUCAUCAAACUGCUAAGAAAAGUGUUAGAAGCGUGAGCACCUUUAACAUACAAGCCCAUGAAAAGGUCGGUAGGUUUUAUAGCCUAGGUCUUAUAGGAAGGCCUGAGGAUCAAGUAGUAAAAUAAUGAAUGGGAGGAAAAGGUGGAAACAUUCUAUGGGGGAUGGGGGAGGAGGAGGAAAGAAGGAAAAGCUGCUUGGAGGAGAUUUUCAGGAUUCUCUCAGAGUUAGAAAAAGCCCAGUGUUGAAUAGGAAGCAUACAAUGCUACAGUAGAGUAGGUUGUUUGGAAAAGAAGGUAAAUUUAAGCAUAAAAAGAAAAACAGCAGGGCGGUGGUGGCGCAUGCCUUUAAUCCCAGCACUUGGGAGGCAGAGGCAGGCGGAUUUCUGAGUUCGAGGCCAGCCUGGUCUACAAAGUGAGUUCCAGGACAGCCAGGGCUGCACAGAAAAACCCUGUCUUGAAAACAAACCAACCCCCCCCCCCCCAAAACAAAAAAACCAAACAAAAAACCCCCAAAAUAGAUAUUGGUUUUCCAAAAUUCUAACAAUUUUUUUUAAAAAGUGGAAAUGAGAUAAAAUAUCAAUCAUACAGGGUAGACUGUGGUGGGAGCAUGUUCUGUGUAAAAGAUUAUACAGGGAAAGGAAGGAGUUGUGUCAAAUAAAGGAUCAAGACUAGGAAGCACUGAGGUACUUGAGUGAGGAGAUCUAAUGGUCACCACCAGAGAGCUGGGGACAUGGAAUAGGGGAACAAAGGCCAGGGAGGACAGGGGGCCAUCUACAGCAGUGAUUCUUACCCGGGGGUGGGGGGUGGGGGGUUCCACCCGAGGGGGGGGGGCGGGCACGGCCCCCGGGUAGCCUAUCAGAACAUCAGAGGGGAGCAGCAGUGACCUGCUCACAAACAUUAACAACAACCCUAGCUCAGAAGAUGGUUCUGAUAGGCUACUUGGGGGCCAUGCACCCCCGGGUGAGAAUCACUGGUGGAAGGGGUAGGGGGAUGGAGAAGGCUACAGAGAAGGAAGGGUGAGCAGAUGGAGGAGGCAUCAGAGUCAUGACUGUCAGACUUGGGAGGAAAGGUCCUGCUGGUGCAGGGGGAUGACAGUGAGCAGCAACUGGAUGCAGUGCAGAAGGGAGGUGGGAGGAAGGGUGAGAGCUGUGAGAGGGUUUCCUGUCAGGGGCAGGGAGGGCACUGCCCACUGUGCUUCCUGCUGAGGACUGAGGUGGGGCAGUAAGGCUGAUAGAGAUGGCAGAUGCAUAGAUGUGAUGGGGCUGUGUGACUGGUUGUCCAUGGGAGGCAGAGACAGAGGAAAAUGGUGAUGAGGAGGAAGAGAUUCAGGAGCAGGAAGAGUAGUUGUUAGGUUUUGAAGUGUCCAGGAAGAAAGCUGUCAGUAUAUCAUUAGGUUAGGGUAAAGUUAGGCAUUGCUAUGUCAGGAUGGGUGGACUAUAUGGAACAGAAUAGAAAAUGACACAGUGACAGGAACAGAGAGCAGAUGUCACGUGAGACCUUUAUCAGGGUGAGAGUCAAAGGGUGUUAAAGGAAACCAACAGGUUGCAGGGAGCCAUGGAUACUGAGUUCUAGAAGGAAAUCAUAGGGUGUGGACUUGGUACAACCAGUUAGACGCAGAGGACCUUUGCUUAGGAAAGGUGGUGAAAGCAGUGGGUGUGGAGGACAGGUCAAGCUGAGGGUGCAUGUUUAGAGGUCUGCAGAAUACACCAGAGUAUCCCAGAAGGCAUCUGAAAGAGUUUCAGUCAUUGAAGGUGUGACUUAAGGCAGAACAAAGUACAGCAAGAAUAAGGAUAGUUUGGGCCCGGGAGCAGGGGAGAGGAGGUGAGGAGUUUGGAAAAACAUGAGAGCAUGGGAGAAGAGCUGGGCCACUGUGUCCAAAUGAGAAAAAGUAAUGAGAGGGGCAAACGUUUCAGAGAGCAGAGAGUACAGAGAGCUCAGGGAAAGGUAUCACACCACACCAAAGAAGAGGAGGAGACAAGAGUGAGACAGAUGAGCCAAGGCUGGGAGGAAAAGGAGUAUGGGUAGGCCAGUCAGAACAGGGAGUAGAGAUGGGGGAGGCACGUAGAAAACUCCAGGACUACCUCGUUAAUGAGAGACAUGCUAAGAUGGUAACUGCGUUGAGGGGAAGCCCCAAAGGGAGGAAACAACUGUGUCUGAUGCAGUAAUAAAACGAAGAAGCGAGGAUGAUUAAGGGUGAGAUCAGAGAGGACGUGGACUCAAGAUAGCAUACUAGAGAGGAAGAGGCUGGUGACAUGGCAGCAAUGAGAAUUUCAGGAAGGGAGCAGACAAGUAGGGAAAGAUGCUAGAUUCUAGAGACACUGGAAGGUGACAGAGAAGGUAUAUACGUUAAAGUACAAGCACAAUCUUUCAGGUAAAAUGCAAGGGAGAAAAUGCAGAGGAUGGUAAGGCAAGGGUUAUAUCCAACUAGGAAGAAAGCUAUUAUUGGCUGCCAUAAAAAGGGAGCAGGCAGAGUAUUUGUUUGGUAGAAGAGAUGAUAGGAAAGACACUUGGAAGACACAUAAGGGGCAGUAAGUUAAGAAUUUGUAGAGGGUCAGUCUUGAACAUAUGCUGGUUAGGAGAAAGUAGAUGGAAUCCCGAGUUUCCAUAUGGAAGUAUUUGCAGGCAUCAGGAGACAUGCCAGUAUCAGUGUCAAACCACAGGAGCACAGCAGAGAAGAAAACCCAAUGCCCAGGCAUUUGCAAACUAGCAUACUUAGGGAAUAUGGCACAAGGGUCACAGUGACUUCCGUUAGAUCCAGAAAAUGGAACAAUGUUUGCACAGACAGUAAAUUGCAAAGAUAGGACUGGCAGGUAAUCAUCUUAGGAAUGUAGAGAUGGACCUGUGAACACCAAGUCCAGAAUGUGGGUAAAGGCCUUGUAAAUGGUGGAGAAGCAUCUACUGAUCAGUGCUGAGAAGACAUUUUGCAGGGCUAGACAGAUCCUUUCUUCCCGUUUCCAGGGUGGUUAGAAGUGUGUACUGGCUGACAUAGAAGGCAAGGUGGGGUGGGAAGUUGAAAUUGGAACCCAUUGGGCAUUAUGGGUUUUGUAUUGGUGUAAAGAAGGCUAGACAAAUGUCAGAGUAGGAAAAUAUACAUGCGCUAGGAGUUUGGGCUGUGUGUAAGCUUCUCUUCUGGGUCAGCUGAUCCAAAGGUGAAGAGAAUUUGGAGAUCAAUAGGAUGGGAAACAGCACCCAAGCAGGAAGAAGGGUCUACAACCUGAAAGUGAGUGUGAAGGUUGCAUGCCAACGCUGAAAGGAGAACCAGCCAAACUGGACAUCUUAUAAUCAGUUGGGUUCUUUUAGGGGGAAAUGGAAAGGAAGGGAAGGAAGGAGAGAAUGUUUUGCAGGAACUUGUCUCAUGGGAUGGAAAAAGGCUGAACGAUUAGCAGGGGAGAGAAAUAGGCAAAGGCAGCCAAGAGAAAGAAGAGGAGGGAAUUAGUGGCAAAAACUGGUAGUGAACAUUCCUGAAGAGAAAGGGGGAUAAGGAGAGGAGAAGUGGCUGAGCAGUGAGAGAAGAUGGAACAGUGAGCUGAUCCCAUGAAGAAACAGGAGUGAAUACUAAGAAGCAGGUUGGAGGACUGUGCUCUAGAUAUGAGGCAGGGAGUCUAUGCUGGGCUUGCAAAGACAAGAGGCCAGCAAGGACAUAUGUGGGAAGAUUUUUGAAAAGGAAAAGAAAGAGGUCAUCUAUGGAAGACAGAUGGAGAUGAGGCACUAGAAUGGGACAGGGAGGGGAAGGGAGAGGAAGGGAGGGAGAUGGAGAGAAAGACACACAGAGAGACAGAGAGAGACAGGGAGGGAGGCAGAGACAAAGACAGAGAGGAGGGAGGCAGUUACAGAGAGAGAGAGAGAGAGAGAGAGAGAGAGAGAGAGAGAGAGAGAGAGAGAGAGAGAGAGAGAGAGAGAGAGAGAGAGAGAGAGAGAGAACAGAAAAGAGAGAGUAAAUGAUAGAAAUGUGGACAACAUUGCCAAGGGAUUUAGGGCCAGGUGCUCGCGAUCUAGUAGGAAAGGGCUCCUAGAUUUAAGGUGGGGUUGGGAUAGGUACUCAGUGAAGGCAGACAGGGCUAGCCUGGAAGGCAGGGCUGGGAGUAGUAAUGUUGGAGGUUGGGGAUAGGGUUGAGGACAUAGACAUAGAGAUAGUAAUUUCUAGAACUGAACUUGUAGAAGAUUCUCCUUUGAGUGGUAAAGAUGAUAAAUACGAGUUGAAGUUUACUGAUCCUAUAACGAGAAGGAACUAGAGAAGUUUGAAGUACAGUAGGAAGGAGGGCAAAAGCAAGGAAAUAUUUUUAUAGGAAAAAAGAGAUUUACAUAAAAACCAGUAGGCUCUACAAGGGCACCUUGUGUCUCUGCUCUGCAUACAAAGAGGAGGGGAGGUUUAAGGAGAAGAGAUAAAGGUCCAGAGAGUACUAGAAUGGAAUCAAGGAUACUGACAUAAAGGUGGGAAAGUAAAAUGGGUAGUAGAUAUGGCCUUCAGAAGAACAAUCCUCAUGAAGAAUAGGGCUGUGGUAUGUCAUGUGUGAUGGAGUAAACAGGAAGGAGGUGGUUGGAAGAAGAGAAUGUGGGUCUAAAUGAAAAGGGAAGCACUGAGGUGCUUGAGUGAGGAGAUCUAUGGUCACCAUCAGAGAGCUGGGGACAUGGAAUAGGGGAACAAAGGCCAGGGAGGACAGGGGGCCAUCUACAGCAGUGAUUCUUACCCGGGGGUGGGGGGGGUGGGGGGGUUCCACCCGAGGGGGGGCGGGCACGGCCCCCGGGUAGCCUAUCAGAACAUCAGAGGGGAGCAGCAGUGACCUGCUCACAAACAUUAACAACAACCCUAGCUCAGAAGAUGGUUCUGAUAGGCUACUUGGGGGCCAUGCACCCCCGGGUGAGAAUCACUGGUGGAAGGGGUAGGGGGAUGGAGAAGGCUACAGAGAAGGAAGGGUGAGCAGAUGGAGGAGGCAUCAGAGUCAUGACUGUCAGACUUGGGAGGAAAGGUCCUGUUGGUGCAGGGGGAUGACAGUGAGCAGCAACUGGAUGCAGUGAAGAAGGGAGGUGGGAGGAAGGGUGAGAGCUGUGAGAGGGUUUCCUGUCAGGGGCAGGGAGGGCACUGCCAACUGUGCUUCCUGCUGAGGACUGAGGUGGGGCAGUGAGGCUGAUAGAGAUGGCAGAUGCAUAGAUGUGAUGGGGCUGUGUGACUGGUUGUCCAUGGGAGGCAGGAGAACUCAGGGAAGGAAAUGAGUACUAAAAGAGAAGGAAAAGUGAGGGACUAGUUUCCAGGAAGAGAACUGUGAGCCCACCAGCAGACCAAAGUGAAGUGGGUACCUUUGUGUAAGAAUGUGGUAUUCUGUGUGGAAACAGCAAUGGGGGCAUAGGACAAAAACAUGCAUGGACAGGAACACAGUAAAGAAUAGAAGACUCAUUUCUCCUGUGCAUGUUUUUAGAAGAAUAUAAAAAGAAGAAUGUAAAAGGUGGUGUGAUAUGUCACCUCGUCGAGGUAGGAUGCUGGGAGGGUCCCAUUGUUUAGGCCAUGAGGAGGCAAACUCUGAGUGCCUAGGCAUGGGAGUACAGGCUACCGAGGUAGGGUGCUGGGAGGAUCCCAUAGUUUAGGCCAUGAGGAGGCAAACUCUGAGUGCCUAGGCAUGGGAGUACAGGCUACCGAGGUAGGAUGCUGGGAGGAGCCCAUAGUUUAGGCCAUGAGGAGGCAAACUCUGAGUGCCUAGGCAUGGGAGUACAGGCUACCGAGGUAGGAUGCUGGGAGGAUCCCAUAGUUUAGGCCAUGAGGAGGCAAACUCUGAGUGCCUAGGCAUGGGAGUACAGGCUACCGAGGUAGGAUGCUGGGAGGAGCCCAUAGUUUAGGCCAUGAGGAGGCAAACUCUGAGUGCCUAGGCAUGGGAGUACAGGCUACCGAGGUAGGAUGCUGGGAGGAUCCCAUAGUUUAGGCCAUGAGGAGGCAAACUCUGAGUGCCUAGGCAUGGGAGUACAGGCUAACGAGGUAGGAUGCUGGGAGGAUCCCAUAGUUUAGGCCAUGAGGAGGCAAACUCUGAGUGCCUAGGCAUGGGAGUACAGUGGUACAGUAUGGCUCCAGCUUAGUGAAUCCAAUGACACACUGGGCAUCAAGGGUAGUUCAGGAGGGAAGGACUUAGGAAAAGGUCUGCUAGAGGAUUCAUAGACAGUAGCUCAAAGCAUAGUGGUAAGAUUGUUCUUUAUUACACACUAGAGAGAAAAGCAGAAGAAAUGAUUACUCGGGGCCCAGAAGAGGUUAGAGGUUUUCAACGCAAGGGAGAUUGUGAUACAUAAGUUACUCCAUUUGCAAGACUAAGAAAGACUAAAAUGAAGGAGCCCAGAAGGAAGGAAAGAAAAAGCACAGUGAGAAGAAUGAGGAGAGCAUUGCAUCUAGGGAGACAUGGCAAAGAACAGCGGGGGUGGGGAUGGACUCAGCAGUGCUUGCUAGGGAUAACAGGGACAGGAGUGAGCAUAGGUCAACAACUGAGCAGAUAGCAAGAUAACAACUUCUGAGUCCAUGGAUUGACUAGGAGGUGGCAGAAGUAAGGCUGGACAGUGAUUGGGAAGUGGAGGGUCUCUGGAAAACAUCAGGGAGAAGUGUAGGGGAAUGCCAUGCAAAUUUAAAUUCAUGUUUAGGGCAGAAAGAGAGGCUGAGGUUGGGCUGCUAGGGGGGAAGUAGCAGGGAGGAGUCAGUGUGCAUCAGAGAGGCUGAUAGGAAAGAGGGGUCACAUCACGUCAGGAGAAAAGUCCGUCAUCUUGUCUGGUGGUUUGGGCAAAAGGAAAUGGGCCACUCUACCAAAGGGGAAAUCUGCAUGUAAUCUCUCCAAAUGGGGACACUGGAAGCUCUCACGGGGCAAGCUGGUAGGAUGGGAAUAUCAGUGUCAAGCCUUAGGAGGAGAGAAGAGAGAUAAGCUCCAAGUGUUUCCAGAAUGGAGCCUCAGGAAAAAGUAAAGCAAAGGAGUCAAUGUGACUUGGGUUAAUUAGAAGAAACCAAAUGACACGUACUUUAUGACAGUUCCUGAACAAAUGGCUCUGGAAGGCAACCUCAGGGACAUGGGAAUGGACUCAAGUAGAAAGACUGGAGCAAGUGGGUAGGUACAGGGUGCAUGUGAAUGGUGGAGGCACAGCUGGGCACCAAUGCGAGACAGCCAUUUCGCAGUGAGCACUAAAUCUGUGUUUCUGCUGUUCAAGACGGCUGAAGGGUGUGCUGUGGAACAGAGAGACUGCAGGUGGUUAGUGGAGCCUAGAUGCAGGGGAGUCUUCUAAACUCAUCGGGUUUGUAGGGUUAGUUUGAGAAUGUAAAGAAAGUAGGUAACAAUAUUUUUGCAGGAUAGGGCUGGGUUUUGUUGUUUUAUUUUCUUGUUAAAGGACAAAAGAUGAAGAGAGAAAGGAUGAAGAUUGGUAGUAUAUGUAUGAAUAGAAGGUCUUCAGAACUGAGUGUCAAUCUUAUAAUGUAGUGGGCCCAAAGGAGAAAAAGGAAGCAAGAGUGACCUGGACUACAGGAUUGAUAGUGGGAAGGCAUCUUCCACUUAUAGUGGUGCAUUCCCACUCUUUGGAAAAAAAAUCCUGGUUCAUUAGAAACAACACAGGAAGGGACACUUGAAUGAAAGCAGUGAGCAAACUGCUGUAGACUGAGGAACUCAGUGACUAUAAUGGAAAGAGAAACACCCUCGACUGCCAUCUAAAUCAUUGAAAUAUGGAAGCAAAGGCAGCCUAAGUGCCAUUUGAAGUCAGAACCACAGGAAUAUCCAUACGAGUGACAGCCAUUGGUUGAGAAGAGAAGGGAGAGGAUGGAAAGAGGCUGAGAGUGGGUUCAGAUUAGAACAUUAUGGAGAACAGGGAAGGACGGGGGAUGAAGUGGCAGGCACUAGGAAGCUGAGAGGAGUACAAGGCUCAGUGCAAUGGGAGAAUGAACUCUAGAAUACAGGUGGCAAUGGAGGAACAGGUAAGAAAGGACGUCUGCAAAUAAAAUAUGAUCACAAGACAAUAAUGCAGUCACAAUAUGGCAGUCACUAUGGAAGACAAAUGACAAAAAGGCAUACAGGGAACAUAGACAACAAGGGUAGGGUAGAAGGGAGACAGGUUAAGCAACAGUAGGCUCGGAUGAAAUAAGAGAGAGGUGUCAGAGUGGGAAAGAAGGCACUUGGAAGACUCAGCCAGCCUUCAAGGCUGGGCAUGUUGAAGGAGAAGAGGAAAAUGUGUUCUUACAGUAUUGUAUGUGCUUGCAUAUUGCAAUUUUUGGCCAGGCUCUCUGUUACACACUGGUUAGGGAAGGGUGGCUGGUGGAUAAAGGUGGGUGGAUAGGGUUAGCUUUAUUUUCAGAUUUGCACAAUUGGAUAGGAAGUGGGGGAUUGAGAAUAGUGGGACUGAACAUGGAGAAAUCAAAGGGGGAGGUUGAAGAGAUACAACCCAGGAUUCAAGUACUGAGUUUAGCCCAUAGAAAAUUCCACCCUGAGUACAGAGGUGGGUAAAUACAGGUUGGUGAUUCAUCUGAGUUUACUAAAAGACAGAGAGUACCUGCAGUAGGGAAGGGGGAGAAGGACAACAAUGACAGCCCACUGAUCUGCAGCAAUUAGACAGACAUGAUAAUAGUGUCUUUCUACCCAGACUUCUGUGAUGGAAAGAAGAGGGAAGAAUAAGAAUUGGGGAGGGGAUAAUACAGAAACCUAAGAACAAGAUUAAAGUCAAAACUAUUGCCAGAAUGCUUGAAAUUCAUAUUUGGUGAGAGUUAUGAGGAAUGGGGAGGAAUAAGUUUGUUUAGAAAGUUCUCUCAUAUAAACCAGGCUCAGUGUACAUUGUGUGUGAAGGAGUUAACAGAGAGGGAAAGGAGGUGUUUUCAACUACUUAGUGUUGAGUCUGUAUGACAGAGAGGAAACACUGAGGUGCUUGAGUGAGGAGAUCUAAUGGUCACCACCAGAAAGCUGGGGACAUGGAAUAGGGGAACAAAGGCCAGGGAGGACAGGGGGCCAUCCACAGCAGUGAUUCUUACCCGGGGGUGGGGGGUGGGGGGUUCCACCCGAGGGGGGGGCGGGCACGGCCCCCGGGUAGCCUAUCAGAACAUCAGAGGGGAGCAGCAGUGACCUGCUCACAAACAUUAACAACAACCCUAGCUCAGAAGAUGGUUCUGAUAGGCUACUUGGGGGCCAUGCACCCCCGGGUGAGAAUCACUGGUGGAAGGGGUAGGGGGAUGGAGAAGGCUACAGAGAAGGAAGGGUGAGCAGAUGGAGGAGGCAUCAGAGUCAUGACUGUCAGACUUGGGAGGAAAGGUCCUGCUGGUGCAGGGGGAUGACAGUGAGCAGCAACUGGAUGCAGAGCAGAAGGGAGGUGGGAGGAAGGGUGAGAGCUGUGAGAGGGUUUCCUGUCAGGGGCAGGGAGGGCACUGCCCACUGUGCUUCCUGUAUUGAGACAGGUAGGUUCCAAAUGUUUGACUGGUUGUCCAUGGGGAGGCAGGAGCAGAGGCGAAGGGAGUUAGCAGUGCAUGGGACCUCAUAGAGGGAAAUGAUUGCUGAGGCAGGAGAGGGAUUCAGGGACUAGAGUACCAAGUCAGAGUGAGGGCAGGUACUUCUGUGGGGUGAUGGCAGAAGACAGAAACAUUAGGGUAGGAAUAAGGUAGAAGAAUCCUAGGCAGGUCCCUAAGAGUGCUUUCAGAAGGAUCUGAAAGAAUAAAUGUGCAAGGCUGGGUAUGUUGGCACAUGCUACCUAACCUCCAACCUCAGGAUGCUAAGAGUAUAGAAACAUCAUGCUGAAGGCUAGCCUCUCAUACAUAGUAAGACUGUCUCAUAAAAGAUGUAAAGGGAACCCAUGAACGAUAAGGAGGGGAGCCAUGAUUGUUGGGAGUCAGGAACGACACACAUUUUGUAGGCACAGGAUGGUGCGCCUGGUGAGGCUGGGUAGAACAUGUGGGUUUUGUGAAGUCUGUUUAAUGAAAAAGGUGCUGAAUAUAUUUUCAUUUGUUGGGAGUGAGAAAAGAUUUGGAGAACAUCUUUAGCAGAGAAGAUUGCCACCAAAAUAGCAUAACUAGCAUGGUCUUGGAUGAAUUCAUGUGGUAGAAGGACUCAGUAGAGCUGGUUGGGAACAGAGAGUGUCAAUAAUUGCAACAGUUAAGGGGAAGUUAGGAAUCCAAUAGACACAAAGGGAAGAAUCCCUGGGUCCAUGGACCGACUGGGAGCUCCCAUUGGACAUGGGAACUGGAGGGCCUCUAGGAAGCACAGCAUGUGAAGUACAGGAGACGGUUGUGCAAGGGUUACAUUCACAUUCAGGGUAGAAGGAGGCAAGCUGGAGGUGGAUGGCAUGGCACAGUGUCAAGUGAGACUCAAGCUGGGUCAGGGGAGUUGAUGGGAAAACAGAAGAGGGUACAUUUCAGAAGAGAACUUUAUGAGUUUGUGGUAGUUUCAGCAACAGUCAAGGGGCAAAAAUGAAACACAGAAAAGUAGACUGCUGAGUUUCCUAAUGAGAACACUGGCAGAUCUCAGGGGACUGAUUUAUAGGACUGAUGGUAUCAAUGUCAGAUUUCAGAGGAGAAAAACAGAAGCAAAGGCCUGGGUAUUUGUAGAAUGGAACUGUAUGUUUUUUAGCAAAGGGACAAGAGUGGCUUGAAUUAAUUAGAGGAAACCAGGUGAGGUGCACCAUAUAGACUCCUGCAUAGACAACUGUUAGGCCACCUCAGAAAUGUGGGACUGGACUCCUGGAGAGAGCCCAGUAAGAGUGUAGAUAUAAGAUGUGUGCAAAUAGUGGAGGCACAGCUGGGUACCAAUGCGAAACAGCCACUUCGUAGUUGACCUCUGAACCUGUGUUUCCACUGUUCAAGAGUGGCUGAAAAGAGAGAGGUGUGCUGUACGACAGGGAGACUGUGCAGGGAACAGGAGAUGCAGUGAAGUUGGGCAGAGGGCUUCUGACUCUGCAGAGUUUGUAGAUUUAAUGAAGAAGGUAAACAGGGAAGCUAGUUAGUAGUGCAAAGUAGGGGUUCAACUGGAAGGCUUUCUUUUAUGAAUGGAGAGCAGAUCAGAAUGGGAACUGGUGCUUGUAGAAGAGGGCUUUAAAAUAGCAUCCCUAUUGUGGAGGUACUAAAGGCUGGAUAUGAAAGGAGAUGGGUGAUCUAGAUAAUCUUGUAACUGCAGAGGCAAGUAUAACUAACAAAGGCUGCAUUUAGCUUAGGGAAUCCUUUUUUUAGACAGGAAAAGAACAGGAAGUUGGCUGUAAUGAAUGGUCUGUGCUUCUUUUUGAUGGAAGGAAGGGAAAGAAGAGGAAUAAGCUGGUGUGAGAGGGUGGAAAAAAGAAGGCAGUCGUGAGUUAGGUAUAAAGUAGGAUUGAUUGAAUAUGCAGACCAGUGACAUGACUGGCUGCAGUAGAGAUGGUGAUAUAGGGAUGGGAAGAACAUGAACAAGCAAGCAGAUCAAAGAUAAGAAGCACAGAUUACAGACAUAGAGGUGAUAGAGUGUCCAGUACUCAGUAGCUGAACAACAUAAGAGGCACAGCAAUGAAGCAAGAAAGUUUACCUCAGCCAAGAAGGAAAGACAAUAAAUGCAGCAAGAAAAAAAUAUUGCUACAGUAGGAUGAUGCAGUACAUAGAAGACAGAGAGGGCACAAGACAUACCCAGGGAGGAUGGAUACCAGAGAACAAGGUAGAAGGAGACAAGUUGGGUACCAUUGGGAAUAAAGACACAUGGGAGGUCCCAGGGUCAGAAUGAUGGCAAUCUACAGUGCCCAGGACUGUUUGCAAGCCUCUGAAUAGGGAAGGAAGAGCAGAAAAGGGUAGUCAGAAAUAGGUAAGGUGAAAUGGCUGAAUUAUUCUCUUGAAUAAAGUAUCUUGCAGGAGUAAUAUUUAGGCCAGGCUCUUUACUACGGAUCCGGCGGGGACGGGUGGGUGGGUGGGGAGGGAUAAGGGAUGGGGCUGACUUGGGUUGGUGGGGAGGGUAGGGUUGGGAGUAGUGGGGUAGGGUAGGGUGGGGUGGGUGGGGUGGGUAUGGGAGUGGGAGUGGGAGGAUUGGGAUGGGAUUUGGGUAGGGGACACGAGCCAAGUGCCAGGUAUUGAGAAAAUAAUUCUACUGUUUUGAGCUGGAAAACAAUUCCAUGUCUAGUGUUCAAAUGAAUAAAUGAACACCUGCUGGGAAAGAGAGGAUCUACCCAAAGGAUGACUAGCUUCAGGUGGGGAGAAAAGAAAAGAUGACGGUCAAAGGAUGUUUUGUAGAAAGUAAGGAUAGAUAAAAAUAUGAGGUAGUUCUUUAGGGCUCACUGUAUGUUUCUAGAAAGGAAUAGGGGAAAUUAAAAGAGAUAAUAAAUAAUAAGCAAACAGAAUACUAUGAUUGAGGUAAAAUAACAUCAUAAUGUUAGAAAGUCAUAUUUGGUAGGGGUGAUCAGCAUGAGGAGAAAUGUUUGAAAAAGAAAGCAGCUCACUCAUACAGACUGGGGUUGGGCACUUAUAUCAGUGUUGAAGGAAUUAACAGAAGCGAAGGAAGUAACUCCAAGUGGGGAGUAUUCUGUCCAUAUGAGAUGGGAAAAUGUUAAGAUGCUUGAGUGAGGAGAUCUAAUGGUCACCACCAGAGAGCUGGGGACAUGGAAUAGGGGAACAAAGGCCAGGGAGGACAGGGGGCCAUCUACAGCAGUGAUUCUUACCCGGGGGUGGGGGGUGGGGGUUCCACCCGAGGGGGGGGGUGGGCACGGCCCCCGGGUAGCCUAUCAGAACAUCAGAGGGGAGCAGCAGUGACCUGCUCACAAACAUUAACAACAACCCUAGCUCAGAAGAUGGUUCUGAUAGGCUACUUGGGGGCCAUGCACCCCCGGGUGAGAAUCACUGGUGGAAGGGGUAGGGGGAUGGAGAAGGCUACAGAGAAGGAAGGGUGAGAGAUGGAGGAGGCAUCAGAGUCAUGACUGUCAGACUUGGGAGGAAAGGUCCUGUUGGUGCAGGGGAAUGACAGUGAGCAGCAACUGGAUGCAGUGCAGAAGGGAGGUGGGAGGAAGGGUGAGAGCUGUGAGAGGGUUUCCUGUCAGGGGCAGGGAGGGCACUGCCCACUGUGCUUCCUGCUGAGGACUGAGGUGGGGCAGUGAGGCUGAUAGAGAUGGAGGAUGCAUAGAGGUGAAAGGUGUUUAUAGCUAGUUGUAUGUAGGAAUCAAAGGCAGGUAAAAAUGGAGCCAGUGAUGUAGGGAAGCUCAUGGAAGGAGAUGAGUGCUGAGGAGUAGAAAGAAAAUUCAGGGACUAGAGUCCCCAGGGAGAGAGCUUCAGUUCAGCAGCAUUAAGACAGUGUGGAAGUUAGAACUUCUGGAGACAGGGUAGGCUAUGCAGGCAGAAUGCCAAAACACAGGACAGGUGGAAGAUCACGGUCAGAGUCAGAGGUUCCCUGAGAGCUUCAUCAGAUGUGAAUGGAAGGAUGUGAAAAGAAGCAGCACAGGUCACUGGGAGCCAUGGACACAGUUAGUUCUAGAAGGACCAUGAAGUCUGGGCCAGAGAGACUGCUGGGUAGAGGGUGCAGACUUGGUACAAUCAGUCGGAUGCAGAGAGACCCAAGUCAGGUGAAGCAGUGGGUGUGGAGGACAGGUCAAGCUGGGGUGCUGACGCACAGGUCUGUAGAAUACACCGGAGCACCCCAGAGGGCAUCGGAAGAAGCUUCAGGUGUUGAGAGGGUGACUCUGCUUCUCUGAGCAGUGGAAGGUAGAGCAGGAGAAAGGGUUAACUGGGACCCAGGAGAAGUGUGAGGAAGUUGUAAUAGGUGGGAGGGAGAGCAUGAGAGGAGCUGGGAGAGAGGAGGGUGCAGAGGGGCUCAGAGGAAUGAACCACACCAAGGAUGGUGCAGGAGUGAAGAAAAAGGAAAAAAGAUGGAAGUGUGGAAUUUAGGUCAGUCAGCCCAGGGAGGAAAAACGCGUGGUCUGAGUAAGCAGAGUAGGAUGACAGCAGAGGACGGAAACAUCUGUAGUGGUAAUCACAAUACUCAUGACACGUUGGGACAGGAUGUUAGAGGAGGACGCAGUGAGUUCAUCAGUUGGAUGUGUAGGUCUCAAUCGAGUAGCAGACUUGCUUUAGUGUGACAGAACUAGGAAGCAGGCUUUCAGGACAGAGCUCAAAUAGCAUGGACUCAAGAAAGCAGUUUUAGACACAAAGGCUGACUACAAUGUCAAGAAUGGGUAACAUUGGGAAGGAGCAGAGAAGGCGAAGACUGAUGAGUUUAUGCAUUGUUUUGAAGGCAGCAGGGAGUGUCAGCUCAGAAGCUGUCAUGUAAGCACAGAGUUGGCAAAGGAGAAAGGAAGAGUCUACAGGGAGGGUAGAAGGUACACAGUUUAAGACCUGCGGAAGGAAAGCGCUCUCUGGCUUGCUACUGGGAGGUGGCAUGUGAUGCUGAACUGGCUUAGGGCAGCUGGCAAAUUUCACAAGUUUGUGGUGAGUUCAGUCAAGGUUCAGGGGCCACUAGAGAAAACAAUAAAGCAGACAGUAGAGUUCCCUAACUGAGAUCCUUGGCAGAUCUCAGGGGACAAGUUUGUUGGAUAGAUGGUAUUACUGUCAGAUUUUAACAGAAAAGAUGAGCAAAAGCCCUGGGAGUUUGUAGAAUGGAACUGUAUGGUUUUUAGCAAAGGGACAAGAGUGGCUUGAAUUAAUUAGAGGAAACCAGGUGAGGUGCACCAUAUAGACUCCUGCAUAGACAACUGUUAGGCCACCUCAGAAAUGUGGGACUGGACUCCUGGAGAGAGCCCAGUAAGAGUGUAGAUAUAAGAUGUGUGCAAAUAGUGGAGGCACAGCUGGGUACCAAUGCGAAACAGCCACUUCGUAGUUGACCUCUGAACCUGUGUUUCCACUGUUCAAGAGUGGCUGAAAAGAGAGAGGUGUGCUGUACGACAGGGAGACUGUGCAGGUCUCUUGGUGAAGCCCAUGGUAGGAAGGAUGUUCGAACUACCAGGCAGGAAGGACCUUCUAACCGCCCAGGUAGGAAGGACCUGCUAACUGUCCGGGACAGGAAGGGCCUUCUAACCGCCCAGGUAGGAAGGACCUGCUAACUGUCCGGGACAGGAAGGGCCUUCUAACCGCCCAGGUAGGAAGGACCUGCUAACUGUCCCGGGCAGGAAGGGCCUUCUAACCGCCCAGGUAGGAAGGACCUGCUAACUGUCCCGGGCAGGAAGGGCCUUCUAACCGCCCAGGUAGGAAGGACCUGCUAACUGUCCGGGGCAGGAAGGACCUUCUGACCUCCCAGGUAGGAAGGACCUGCUAACUGUCCGGGGCAGGAAGGACCUUCUAACCGUCCAGGUAGGAAGGACCUGCUAACUGUCCGGGGCAGGAAGGACCUUCUAACCGUCCAGGUAGGAAGGACCUGCUAACUGUCCGGGGCAGGAAGGACCUUCUAACCUCCCAGGUAGGAAGGACCUGCUAACUGUCCCGGGCAGGAAGGACCUUCUAACCGUCCAGGUAGGAAGGACCUGCUAACUGUCCGGGACAGGAAGGACCUUCUAACCGUCCAGGUAGGAAGGACCUGCUAACUGUCCGGGACAGGAAGGACCUUCUAACCGUCCAGGUAGGAAGGACCUGUUAACUGUCCGGGACAGGAAGGACCUUCUAACCGUCCAGGUAGGAAGGACCUGUUAACUGUCCGGGACAGGAAGGACCUUCUAACCGCCCAGGUAGGAAGGACCUGCUAACUGUCCGGGACAGGAAGGGCCUUCUAACCGCCCAGGUAGGAAGGACCUGCUAACUGUCCGGGACAGGAAGGACCUUCUAACCGCCCAGGUAGGAAGGACCUGCUAACUGUCCGGGGCAGGAAGGACCUUCUAACCAUCCAGGUAGGAAGGACCUGCUAACUGUCCCGGGCAGGAAGGACCUUCUAACCGCCCAGGUAGGAAGGACCUGCUAACUGUCCGGGACAGGAAGGACCUUCUAACCGUCCAGGUAGGAAGGACCUGUUAACUGCCCAAGGUAGGAAGGACCUUCCAACACCAUGGACUCUCCUAGGUUUAGAGUGAAGUUAGGUCACUAGUCCAUGAGCAGUGGAAUGAGCCUGGCCUAGAAGGCUAGGGUCUGGUGACAGGAUGGGCUUAGGCUUCGAGUGUUUGAUUGAGAGGAUAAAAGUAAGGCAAUAAAGAAGAGGGCAUAGUGUGGUACUUACAUAGAGAAUGGCUUCAAAUAUAAAUACAAGUAUAAUGAAUAUUGUAUUUCCUAGUGGCAGUGAGGAAAGAAGAGACAUACAGUGGGGUUCAAGGGCUGUGCCUGAAAUGAACAGGGCUAUGUUCUCUUCCUACAAUGGAGGAGGUUUGCAAUGGAGGUGAAAAGGUUAGGAGCUGGAAUGGCAGGUCUGGCUUUACUCCUCUAACUUGAAAGAAGAGGAAAGAAGAAGAGAAUGGUUGGCAGGUAGAAUCAAUGCAAGACCCAGACUAGUGAUCUGAACAGCUGCAGCAGAGGUGGCAGGAUAGUAAUGGAAAAAAUCUGAGUAUGAAAGCAAUACAGAAGGAAGCAGAGAGUCUUCCAUCCACUAACCAGAGGGCAAAAGAAGAAACAGGUUUCAAGCACAAAAGCUGCAGGGAGUUAGGUACAUCAAAAUGAUGUAGCCCAUGGUAGAGUCAACUACAGAAAGACAGGGCAGAGGAAACACCAGGGAGAACAGAGCAGAGAACAGGGAGCUGGGAGGAGGGAGGAGGGAGGAGGGAGGAGAGAACAGGGACACAAGCUGGACAACUACAGGAACAAGGAAGUAGGGAGUGUCAGAGGCAGGAGGAAGAGGCUCUUAAGAGUGCUCUAGUCAACUUGCAAUACUUCCCCAAUCCUUGGGAAAGGGAACGGAAACCAAACCAGCCAGGGAGAUGGGAAGCAACCAGCAGGGAGAAAUAUGAACGUCUACCUCGGAAUACUGUUAGAAUGGUGCCUCUUUACUCUGGACCUGACAGGGAAGGGAGGAUGGUGAGGAUGGUGAGAGGCAGAGGCUUUGGGCCAGGGUCGAACAGAAGGGCAGCUUUGGAAGCCGUGGGAUUGGGGUGGAGAUGUAAGCCGAGUUUUAGACACUGAAUAGACAUCUUACUGAACUUAGCUGGUGGACAGUUAGGCCCUGUGCUUACACUGAUGAUUAGGGAGUAUACUGGAGUGAUGCAGGGAGGAAAGGGAGUAGCUGAAGAAAGGACAGAAGUAAAGGGUGAAGGGCCAGUGUGUGGGAAAGAGAAGGUAGAGGCAGGCUUGAGAAGGAGUAAACAAAUGAGAAGGUGGUUCCAAUAGGGGAGUACUUGAGGGCAGGCUACGAUGCUUGAGUGAGGAUUUCAAGGAGUCAAAACUAGAAAGCUCAAGGCAUGGACCUGAAGAGGGAAGGUCAUAGAGAAGAGGGGGCCAUCUACAGCAGUGAUUCUUACCCGGGGGUUGGGGGGUGGGGGGUUCCACCCGAGGGGGGGGCGGGCACGGCCCCCGGGUAGCCUAUCAGAACAUCAGAGGGGAGCAGCAGUGACCUGCUCACAAACAUUAACAACAACCCUAGCUCAGAAGAUGGUUCUGAUAGGCUACUUGGGGGCCAUGCACCCCCGGGUGAGAAUCACUGGUGGAAGGGGUAGGGGGAUAGAGAUGGAAGAAAAGGAAGAUGCAGUGUCCUGAAAGAGAGCUGUCAGCUCAGCAGCAAUUCAGAGUGAAUGGGCACCCUUUUUUCAAGAUGGGUAGGCAGAAAUGAGGGCAGAAGACAAAAAGCAUUGGGUGGGGGGGACAGGAACAUCAAGAGGUAGUUGACACUCUCUGUGAGACUUUCAGGAACACUGUCAAACAAACAGCAUGAGAAGAAGGAAACCAUUUCCAGGGAGCCAUGAUUGUGGAAUUCUAGAAGGAACUUACAUGGACUGCUGGGUAUACUAUAAAAGCAGUUGGUGGCAAAGAUAGGAGCAUGGUUUGAACAAUGGGUCUGGAGGACACAGGUGAAGCAGAGCGUGUACCCAGUUCUACAGACUGAACCAGAGCAUUGCAGGGAACAGAGGAAAGGGCUUUCAGUGUGGUGGGUAUGCCUAUGCUUUCCUGGAAUAAAGAAUACAGCCAGAGAAGGGAUUAGCUGGACUAGGGAGAGGGAGAGGAGGUUAGGAGUCUGCAUGUAGAUGUAGAGGAGAGCGUGCAGGGAAGGCACAGAACCAAGAGUACAACGAGGAUCAACAAUGAUGCCAAUUAGGUUGGUGAUGGAGGUGAAUGCUUUUCACCCCAGCAAUCAGGAGGCAGAAGCAGAUGGCUCUCUUGAGUUUGAGGCCAACCUGAUCUACAGAGUUCCAGGACAGCCAGGGCUAGUCAGAUAAACCAUGUCUCUCAAAAAACCCAAACCCAAAUCCAAACCCAAAACAAAACAAAAAAUGGGAAGGAGUCAAUGGGCAAAUCAAAGAUAGCAAGAGUCUACAGAGGAGCAAGCUUGUGGGGUUGUGAGCAUGCAGGAAAGCCUUGGAGCAAUGUGUCAAAGGGCAAGCAAGAGGAUGAAAGGUCAAUGUGAUGGCCAUGGCCAUGGCCAGGAAGGAUUACAUCUACUUUGGUAGGACCAGGACUUUAGGAUGUUAAGGGGUGAAAUAGGGCAGUAGCUGCUCUAAACAACACCAGUUGGCCCACGAAAAAAAGGUGUAGUUUCUGAAGAGGGUACCACAAUUUCUUAAUUGCAGAGGAGGAAAGUGAAAGGGGUAAUAACAGUCACCCCGAAGACCCAGACUAAAGAAGACCUGAGUGAUGCCAGGUAUCUGAAUAUGAUAGCUAGGGACAAAGGGUUAAAAAGAAUACCUUUCACAUACAGACUGGGUCAGGGCAUGUUCUGUGUAAAAGAUUAUACUGGGAGAGGAAUAAGUUGUGUCAAAUAAAGGAUAAAGACUAGGAAACACUGAGGUGCUUGAGUGAGGAGAUCUAAUGGUCACCACCAGAAAGCUGGGGACAUGGAAUAGGGGAACAAAGGCCAGGGAGGACAGGGGGCCAUCCACAGCAGUGAUUCUUACCCGGGGGUGGGGGGUGGGGGGUUCCACCCGAGGGGGGGGCGGGCACGGCCCCCGGGUAGCCUAUCAGAACAUCAGAGGGGAGCAGCAGUGACCUGCUCACAAACAUUAACAACAACCCUAGCUCAGAAGAUGGUUCUGAUAGGCUACUUGGGGGCCAUGCACCCCCGGGUGAGAAUCACUGGUGGAAGGGGUAGGGGGAUGGAGAAGGCUACAGAGAAGGAAGGGUGAGCAGAUGGAGGAGGCAUCAGAGUCAUGACUGUCAGACUUGGGAGGAAAGGUCCUGCUGGUGCAGGGGGAUGACAGUGAGCAGCAACUGGAUGCAGUGCAGAAGGGAGGUGGGAGGAAGGGUGAGAGCUGUGAGAGGGUUUCCUGUCAGGGGCAGGGAGGGCACUGCCAACUGUGCUUCCUGCUGAGGACUGAGGUGGGGCAGUGAGGCUGAUAGAGAUGGAGGAUGCAUAGAGGUGAAAGGUGUUUAUAGCUAGUUGUAUGUAGGAAUCAAAGGCAGGUAAAAAUGGAGCCAGUGAUGUAGGGAAGCUCAUGGAAGGAGAUGAGUGCUGAGGAGUAGAAAGAAAAUUCAGGGACUAGAGUCCCCAGGGAGAGAGCUUCAGUUCAGCAGCAUUAAGACAGUGUGGAAGUUAGAACUUCUGGAGACAGGGUAGGCUAUGCAGGCAGAAUGCCAAAACACAGGACAGGUGGAAGAUCACGGUCAGAGUCAGAGGUUCCCUGAGAGCUUCAUCAGAUGUGAAUGGAAGGAUGUGAAAAGAAGCAGCACAGGUCACUGGGAGCCAUGGACACAGUUAGUUCUAGAAGGACCAUGAAGUCUGGGCCAGAGAGACUGCUGGGUAGAGGGUGCAGACUUGGUACAAUCAGUCGGAUGCAGAGAGACCCAAGUCAGGUGAAGCAGUGGGUGUGGAGGACAGGUCAAGCUGGGGUGCUGACGCACAGGUCUGUAGAAUACACCGGAGCACCCCAGAGGGCAUCGGAAGAAGCUUCAGGUGUUGAGAGGGUGACUCUGCUUCUCUGAGCAGUGGAAGGUAGAGCAGGAGAAAGGGUUAACUGGGACCCAGGAGAAGUGUGAGGAAGUUGUAAUAGGUGGGAGGGAGAGCAUGAGAGGAGCUGGGAGAGAGGAGGGUGCAGAGGGGCUCAGAGGAAUGAACCACACCAAGAAGGUAGACUCAGGCCUUAGAAAAGAGAAAAUGAGAUAUUUAAUUCAGCUGUAAAACUAUGGUUCUGGCAAAAAAGAAAAACAGUGCCUAUAAAAUAACUGUGAGUUCUAUGUCAUUGAUAACCAUGGACAAAUGUCUCAGACUGUGUUUUAAAAAAACAUGAUUUUCCCACAAUGGUAGACCUAAUCACCUAGACUUUUAUAGCUAGGUGAAGUUAGAGAGCACAUGGACUCAGUGGAGUUUGUCCUAAAUGCAGAGGUUGACAGUGAUGGGAGCAGUGAGUGGAAAUCAGGAAGUGAUCAGACAGGGCUAGAAAGACUUGGGAGUUCUCAUAUUGAUUGGAAGGUUCCAAGGAGUGUUGUUGAGGAGGAAGUAGGUAGCUGUAGAAUGCCAACAAACAUUUUGAAUCAAACUGGACAUACCACUAAUGCAAAAUGAAAAGGCCAAGAGAGGUUAAAACCAACAGAAGUUGUGGCUCACCCUUUAUAAUGGAGCCAGGGCAGGAAAGCAAAAGGCAGAAUUCAGGGUUUCCAAAGUGGGAGGUGGUAACGUAUCUCCAGGUUAAGCAAGGAAUGUUAGGCAGAUUUUCAAAGACUAAGCAGAGUUCUCUUCAUAAGAGAAGCAAGUCAGUAAGUAACCCAGCCUUUAUUUAGUGAAGAAACAACUUCACUAAUUUAGAAAACAGAAGAAUAUUAAAGACAAAAAAAAAAGAGAGAGAGAGAGAAAGUAGUAGGACUAUCACAUAGUUUAUUAUAAAAUCAGAAAAUUUGAGUUGGGUUUAGUGGCAAAAUGAUCAGAAGUUCACAGCCAACCUGGGAUACAGAGGAAGACCCUGUCUUAGAAAAAAAAAAAAAAAAAAAAAAAAAAAA